UCGCCGUCGCCGGGCGCUGUCCCACUGCGCCUCUCGGCCGGGUAGCCGGCUGAGGCUGCGGGGCCCCGCGCUCUGCGGCUCUGGCUCCUUCCGCGGCGGGCCGUGUGCCGCAGCCAUGUCCCGAAAGCAGGCGGCGAGGAGCCGGCCGGGCAGCGGCGGCCGCAGAGCCGAGGCGGAGCGCAAGCGGGACGAGCGGGCUGCGCGCCGGGCUCUGGCCAAGGAGCGGCGGAACCGGCCCGAGCCCGGCGGCAGCGGCUGCGAGGAAGAGUUCGUGAGCUUCGCCAACCAGCUGCAGGCCCUGGGGCUGAAACUGCGGGAGGUGCCGGGGGACGGCAAUUGCCUGUUCAGAGCUUUGGGUGAUCAAUUGGAGGGUCAUUCUCGGAACCAUCUCAAGCACCGACAGGAGACCGUUGACUACAUGAUAAGGCAGCGCGAAGAUUUUGAGCCCUUCGUGGAAGACGACAUUCCUUUUGAGAAGCAUGUGGCCAGUUUGGCAAAGCCUGGUACUUUUGCUGGCAAUGAUGCAAUUGUAGCCUUUGCAAGAAACCAUCAGUUGAAUGUGGUGAUCCAUCAGCUUAAUGCCCCUUUGUGGCAGAUUCGUGGUACGGACAAGAGCAAUGUGAGGGAGCUGCACAUCGCCUACCGCUACGGUGAGCACUAUGACAGUGUUCGGAGGAUCAAUGACAACUCAGAAGCGCCAGCACACCUCCAGACCGAUUUUCAGAUGCUUCAUCAAGAUGAAGCAAAUAAAAAAGGAAAGAUCAAGACAAAAGGGGUGGACUUUGAAGAUGGCCCGAAAGAUGAAGUCGAAGAUGCUGUCCAGAAAGUUGGCAACGCAACUGGAUGCUCAGAUUUUAACUUAAUAGUCCAGAACCUGGAAGCCGAAAAUUACAAUAUUGAAUCUGCAAUAAUGGCCAUACUUCAGAUGACCCAGGGGAAAGGAAACAAUACAGAGGAGAACCUUGAGGCUAGUGACCGAGUGUCAAAACAGUGUGACCCUUCAUUCGAGGAGGCAGGCAGCAACUCCAAACUCACCGGAAAUCAGGGUGGAAGUGAAGGCCAAACGGAAAAUAGUAAGGCUCGGACCAGACCUAGUGAAGGAAACAAAGCAAAUAAAAGCCAGAUCCCAAAGGUUACAAACAAGCAGCGGAGGGAGCAACAGCGACUGGAGAAGAAGAAACGACAGGAGGAGAGGCACCGCCACAAAGCCCUGGAGAGCAGGAACAGCCACAGGGACGCUAACAGAAGCGAAGCGGAUGUGAACACGCAGGUUACCUUGGUGAAGACCUUUGCUGCUAUGAACAUCUGAUGCUCGGCCCCCUGCGAGCUGGAGGUUGAGCGCUGCAGACUAGGUGUCCCGGCCAGGUGUCCUCUGACAGUGCCCACACGAGCCCACGGAAGUCAGUGCCCUUCGCGCUGCCUCGUCUGUCUUGAGCUUUGUCAUUGUUUGUUGUGUGACAGUACGGUGGAGCCAUCCACUUUCUGAAACACAAAGGAAGUUGGACUCAUAGGUGGGUUAUGGGGCAGAGGAGUCUUUGGAGCGAGGCUUUAUUUGCCCCGUGUAUCAGAACGUGGUAAUCCUAGGCUCUUCCGUGACGUGUGGAGUGGGUUUGCUGUCAUUAUCUUCAAGUCGUUUAGCACAAUCAUUAGAAACCCCCACAGUGACAACUUUGUCUCUCUUUCAUUUCCAAGCAGGGAUGCAGGUCUGGCACCAGCUCAGGAGUGUGCCGAGAUGUGAUUGACUUCUCAACUGGUUGCUUGUACAUGUCAGGGCAGUCAGGGACAUUGGCUACAUUUCCCUUCUUCCCGUCUCUGGUGUCACCUCAGUGUGGCUGCCCUCCCCACUCCAGCCAUGUGGCGUGUGUGCCUGGCUAUGGGAGAGCCUGGGUUUGCUGGGAGCUCCACAGCGCAGUGGAGUUUGGGAUGUUUCUCUGGACAGUUAGGAGAUGGGGGGGUAUUGCUGUGACAGCUCUGAGCUCUGAUGUGCAGGGCUGAGCAAGCAGCUGCACAGGGCAGGCCUGGGGGAGGCUUUUCCUUAGAAGACUCUAAAGAUUUCUUCUAUGGGAGAAGUCGACAGGAUAAAGUUUUCCAUGUUUGAAUGUUAUUGUUUCUUUUUGAUAUUCUAGACUCAGGAAGAUGCCUAUAGGGAAAUAACUGGUUGUUUGAUCUUACAGGUUACUAAAUUUUCUUAACAUGUGAAAAUGAAAUGAAAUCCCAUGGCAUAGCUGGGCAUGGUGGCUCAAGCUUGGAAUCCAGUACUCAAGCAAGGCAAGAGUGCUGCAAAGUUGGGGCCAGCCUGGGCUGUGUAGUGAGUUCCAGGCUAGCCAGGGUUAGAAUAAAAGGCCCCGUUUCACUGCCUACCCAAUAGAGAAAACUCUACCAGCGUGUGUCCUGUACUUUGUUAUUUGGGAUUUCAGUAGUGGGAAGAGUGCAGCCUGGCUAAGGCUGGGCGAGCUGGCAGGGGAGAGGACCUGUGCUGCGGAGGCCUUCAAACGACUCAGUUCUGAAGUACCUUCAGUAGGGAAGGUGCUGUUCCUCAGGCUGGGUUAUAGGAAUGUUUACUGUAAACUGUCCUGUGUGGUAUGGACAGUCAUGACUAAAGCCUUCGCCUUCUGGGAACCUACUAUUCAGACUAACACUGUAUGCUGGGUCAGAAGAUAACAUUUUUGUUAUCACUAGAAGCAAAAGGAAAAUUACAAAAGGUUUAGACACAGACACCACUGUCUGGGCAGGUUGUGGGUUCAUCCAGUUGUCUUAUCAGCAGGCUGUUUACUUCUUCAGUUUAAUGUUGUCCUUUAAUUUUCCUUUUGUUUGGCUUUGGAACUUUGUGUUUUGUUUGGAACUCUCAAAGUGUCCUGGAAUCUCUCCCAGGAUGCUGCGUUACUUCCUUACCUACAGGACAUUGCAAGACUGCAGAUUUGAAAACUAUAUGGCAUUUUUUUUCCUUCUCAGCUGGGAGACUCAGGUCUCAGGCCCAAAAGGGAAGGUGGUGGCUGCCGGGCUCUGAGGGAUAGGAGUGGAGCUGGCUCUGGGAGCCAGUGUGGGGCCACCCGGGACAGGAUGUGGGUUGGCCGAAUUCAUCUAAAUGGAAGCUCUCUGUUCCCUGCUUUUCUUUGUACUGCCUGAGUGCAGCAUGCCAGCUCUUUGCAGACAGGUUAGGGUUGUUUACCAAAACCCCAGGGUUGGAAGUCAGAAGUGGCAGGGCUAGGGGAGCCUGGUGCACUUGUAUGGGACACCCUGGGCUCCAUCCCCAACACUUAAAAUUCAGGCUGUGACUAGCUCUCAGCAGCCUCUUGGCCACGCAAGGAGCUGCUGUUUGCCUGGCUGAGGACAGCAUAGACCUCUCUGGUGGCAGAGCUGCUCUGGAGGUUUACAGACUCAUGUUUGCUUCUGGAAGGCGGUGGCUGUGUGUCCUGGAUUGCAGUGGCAGUCUCCUCAAAGAAGGUUCCUUUGUCUCUGUCCACACUUUCCAGUUUCAGAUGGUGUGUCUCUUCAGUGUGCCGAUUAUUGGAAGUGGGGAGCCUGCACCUAGCUUCAGGGUGCUGCCAGCUCAGAAUCUCAGCCUCACUGAGUGAGAGCCGUUGGGUCGUCUGUGGGUGUCACCACUGUAGUGGGCACCUGCUGGUUACCUCCUUGGCACCAAAGUGAGGCCCAGAAUGUCGAGCUUUGGGGUAACAACGGUUAACACUGUUCCUCCAGUCCAGGUCCUCACAGGGAAGCUGGCAUGGGAAGGGAGCCUGUCAGCCUCCAGCUGGGCCUCAGCUGCUACCUGAGAAUGUUGUUGUAGCUCAUUGUGAGCACACGGGAAAGCCACAGUGCUUCAUGGAGGCUCACUGGCUUUAUAAACUCUGUGGAUUUUAAGGACGGCAGCACUUUGCACUGCAGGCGAAUGAAUUAAAACAGCGCUGCCCAGACUUGUAGAGUAGAGCCCACCGGAGAUAAUGCUGAGAAUAAGUGUGUGCAUUUGGGUCUUCACAAGAACAUCUACCUCCGGGGACUGUGGCAGGAAGAAGAGUCUUAAACAUCCACCUGGGUUGCCUAUAUUUUCUUGUGUGAGCUCUGAAAACACUUCUGACCUCGUUUUGAUUGUGAAAGUGAAGUGGACUGACCUUGCAGGGCAGCUGGAGUGGGGCUCAGCGGGGAACCUCUCUGUAGCUCACGCAUAAUACCCUGCUUCCCUGGGGAGCAACAGUGGCUCGGGUUACCUGGUAGUGUCAGGUGGACUUUGCCAGUGGACUGCGCUCAGAGUCCUUUACUGUCUGCCUGGGUUUUACCAGGACAACACAGAGUGUCCAUAUUUUACCUCGGAAAUGUUCAGCUCAGACACCCAGCUGGGUAGAGGAAACCCGAAUCCCCAGAGAGUGGCUCAGUCACCCCAGCAGAAUGAAGCAGAAAGAGAGGGAGCCUCCUGAGAAUUGUGGCCUCGAUGGAGCCCCUCCUGAGCUCCAUGUCGGCAUGCAGCUUCUCACCUCUGACUUCUAGGCCCAGGCCGUGCAGGGCUUCAGUCUUGUCCUUUCCUUUACCUGCUGUGUGCUUCCUUUCGCUAAAGGCUGGUGUGGCUAACACCCAGCUUUGUCCCGAGCAGGCCAAGAGACGCUUUUCCAGGAAGGAGCACAUCCCUAUCCUCGCAGGCCUGCCGUUUCCAGGGUCAAUGUUGAGUUGAAAAUAGAGCAGCACAUUUAGGUUCUAAAAGUUGACUGCUGAGUGGGACCAUACACACCCUGCCUCUGUCCUGAGUGGGAGGGAGCGCAGGGUGUGAGGCUGGGCAGAGAGCUGCAUCCUGUGAGCGCCUGGCCUCUGUCCCAGGAAAGACCUGACGGUGUCUUCAGGCCUUUCUUUUUAGAGCGUCACUCUGUUCUGUAGCUCAGUUGAAAUGUGGCUCUCCUGACGGUCACUGGAGAUGGCUGGUGGCUGUGUAGAGGAUACACUUGCAUGGUGACUUUAUGUCAGCAGGGCAGACCUGUGGUCCAGGAUUCCUGUGCACUGUCCUGAGCACAGGGGGAAACCUUUGGGGGUCUGGCUCAGAUCCUUGCCCAUGAGCACCCUGCAGGCCCCUGCUUCCAUUACCACGGCACUCAGUGACGUUCAUCAGCCUUCUGCCUGUGGUUUGAGCCCCACCAGCCCUCUGUUGAAACCUGAGCCCUGCUGGUGUGGGGCUCCAAGUCUUCCUGUUCUUGGGGUUCAUUUUCCAUGGUGGCUACCUUCCCAGCAUCCCUCACGAAGCUUGGAGGAGAAAGGUAGACAAGAGCCUUGAGCCAGUCUCAACACCAUCCUGCGUGCUGGUGUCUGUCUGUCCCCCUAGAAAAGGGGGCCAGUGUAUCUGCCUUCUCCUUUUUCCAAUUGCACUGUUCUUGUUCUAACUUCAGGUUCCAGAGACCUAAAAUCUUCUUGGGGUCAUGACCCAUAGACUCAGCAAGUCUGCUUUAGCUAUGUGUAGAGGUGAGAGAUAGCUGUUUUCUGUGUCUGGAGCCCGUUUCCCCUAGGCUGUCUCUUUACAGUUUGUGUUCAUCCGAAUCAUUUUAUCUUUUUAUUUACCAAAGUACUGUACUUGGCUAUUUGCAGUGUUUUGAGAACCAAAUGUUUUGUGUUUUUGAUCUUCAACACUUGGUGCAAUAGAAGCCGCAAAGAUGUGCCACUUUAUCUUUGAAAUGAAUUUUGUAUACCAAUAAAUUCUAGUUUAAAAGCAAA